UCAAUCAUACGCUGUGGAAAAUUAUUUAUUAUAUGUAUUUAUUAUACUUUUAUUUAUUAUACUUUGCUCAUCAAAUCAAAACAAUCAUCUAAAUAACCUUACUGAGUCUAAGUUUAUUAUAUUAAAACGAUUGUUUUCGUGUAAAGUGGCAAUAAUGAAUAUUCUACCAAAGAAAAGGUGGCAUGUCCGAACUAAAGAGAAUAUCGCUCGUGUACGUCAAGAUGAAGCAAAAGCUGCUGAAGAGGAAAAAAUUAAACAGAAGCGAAUUCAGAAAGCUGAAACUGAAGCGAGAAUAAAUUUAUUAAGACAUCAAACAAGAUCCAAGUAUGAUGGUCGUGAAAGAAUUGCCAGUUCCAAUGAGAAAUUAGAACAUGUUAACUUCUUUGCUGAGCUUGAAGAUGGAAAGAUUGAUUAUAACAAACCUAAUGUACAACAUGAGAAAGAAAAAAAGGAAGAGAAGGAAAAAUAUGAAAAGCAAAUCGGAUAUCUGACAUAUCUGGGACAAGAUACUAAUGAAGCAACUGGAAAGAAAAAUUGGUAUGAGGAAUUACCAAAGAGACUAACAGAUACAGAGAAAAAUGUAGAAGUAGAGACAAAGAAAAAAGCUUUAAAUGAUCCAAUAAUUGAUAUAAGAAAAUAUUUGAAUGUUAUGCGCUCUAAACCUGAAGAUGACCUAAAAAUAAAAACAAAUGAUGUUAAAAGAAAAUAUUCUAAUUCUGAUAAUUCUCAUUCCGAUCAGGAAACUCAUAGUACACGCAAGAAACACAAAAAAAAUAAAAAACAUGAGAAAAAAAAAUACAAGCAUGUAAUGGAAAAAGAAAUCAAAAAUCAAAAUAGUAUAGAUAUAGAAAAAUUAAGAACAGAAAGGAAACUUAGAGAGCAGAGUGAAAAGCUAAGAACUGAAGCACUCUUGGCUAAAGUGAGAGGUGAACCAAUACCUAUUAUAAUACCAGAAACUCCUAAACCUGUCAUGAAACAGAAAUACAAUUCGCAAUUCUUUCCUGAAAUUGCUAGACAAAAUGCAGAAAGAACACCCAAGUAUACAACCUGAAUAAAGUAAACAAGUUUUUGAACAAGUUACUUUCAUUUUCGGAAAAUCCUUUAAAUAUAAUUUAUAUAAGUCUAAAUAAGUAAAAAAUAAUAUAUAUGGAGUUAUAUAUAUACUGUACAUAUCCUAAUGAAUAAUUA